AUGACUAGAAGUACAAUUAAUACAGAUGAAAGUUAUAUAGCAUAUCUUACAGAACAACAAAUCGGUGAAUUAUACCAACCACCUACAGACCAUCAAUAUGUUCCACACUUCUAUACAACUCGAACAGGUUUAGAAUGUCGCCGUUAUUUUUGUGAGGUUUGUGGUCCACUUGCUAAAUCUAAUUUAAAAACUGGCUCACCGAAUGUUAAAUACACUGGAGCACUACAACGUCAAUUAGAUUGGAUUGCAGGUACUACAUUACCAGAUGCUUUAACACGAUCACAUGAAGCAAUGAUGUACUACAGUGACCAUAAACAUUGA